AUGUGUGGAAUCUUUGGCUACAUCAAUUACUUGGUCGAGAAGGACCGCAAAUACAUUCUCGAUACCCUCGUCAACGGUCUCUCCCGUCUCGAAUACCGUGGCUAUGACUCUGCCGGUCUCGCGGUAGACGGUGACAAGAAGAAUGAGGUUUUUGCAUUCAAAGAGGUUGGCAAGGUGGCCAGGUUGAAGGAGCUCAUUGCAACAGAGAAGCCAGAUCUUACCAAGGUCUUCGAUUCUCACGCCGGUAUUGCACACACUAGAUGGGCCACCCACGGUCCGCCAUCCCGUCUCAACUGCCAUCCCCACAGAUCUGAUCCCACAUGGGAAUUCUCCGUUGUCCACAAUGGUAUCAUCACCAACUACAAGGAAUUGAAGACUCUGCUGGCUGCCAAGGGCUUUAGAUUCGAGACAGAGACCGACACAGAAUGCAUUGCUAAGCUUGCGAAAUACAUCUACGACCAGCACCCAACCAUGGGAUUCACCGAUUUGGCAAAGGCUGUCAUCAAGGAGUUGCAGGGAGCUUUCGGUCUCUUGAUGAAGUCUGUCCACUACCCACACGAAGUUAUUGCUGCCAGAAAGGGGUCCCCAUUAGUCAUUGGAGUACGAACACAAAAGCGAAUGAAGGUCGACUUUGUUGAUGUCGAGUUCACUGAGGAUACCCCCCUUCCAGCUGAGCAAGCAUCCCAGAACGCUGCGCUCAAGAAGUCCGCUACUGGCAACUUCUUGUCCGUUGGCAAUUCCCUCGCUCCCCCAGACAAAUCUCUUCUCCACCGCUCGCAAUCCAGAGCCUUCAUGACUGAUGAUGGAGCACCAAUGCCAACUGAGUUCUUCCUUUCUUCCGACCCUUCGGCCAUUAUUGAGCACACAAAGAAGGUCAUGUACCUUGAGGAUGAUGAUAUCGCGCACAUUCAUGAAGGUUCCCUCAACAUUCACAGACUUACAAAAGCUGAUGGAUCCUCAAAUGUCCGAACUAUCCAGACCAUCGAGAUGGAGUUGCAAGAGAUCAUGAAGGGCAAGUUUGAACAUUUUAUGCAGAAGGAGAUCUUCGAGCAGCCUGAAUCGGUCGUCAACACCAUGAGAGGUCGCCUUGACGUUGAGAACAAGGUGGUUACGCUCGGUGGCCUGAAGGCAUUCAUGCCCACUAUCCGCCGUUGCAGAAGAAUCAUAUUCAUCGCCUGCGGAACUAGUUACCACUCUUGCAUGGCCGUUCGCGGUAUCUUCGAAGAGUUGACCGAGAUCCCCAUCGCCGUCGAAUUAGCUUCCGAUUUCCUCGACAGGCAAGCACCCGUAUUCCGCGACGACACCUGCGUCUUCGUCUCCCAGUCCGGUGAGACUGCCGACUCCCUCCAAGCCCUGAGAUACUGCUUGGAGCGCGGUGCCCUGCUCGUCGGUAUUGUCAACGUAGUCGGCUCCUCCAUCUCCCUCCUCACCCACUGCGGUGUCCACGUAAACGCUGGCCCAGAGAUCGGUGUUGCGUCCACCAAAGCCUACACAUCCCAAUUCAUCGCUAUGGUCAUGUUCGCACUAUCCCUCAGCGAAGACCGUGCAUCCAAGCAAAAGAGACGCGAGGCCAUCAUGCAAGGCCUAGGCGACAUCUCGGAGCAAAUCCGCGAAGUCCUCAAGCUCGACCAGCCUAUCAAGGAGCUCUGUGCCCGCACUUUCAAGCACCAGAAGUCCCUCCUGCUUUUGGGCAGAGGCAGCCAGUUCUCUACUGCUCUCGAGGGUGCGCUCAAGAUCAAGGAAAUCUCGUACUUGCAUUGCGAGGCUGUUAUGUCUGGUGAGCUAAAGCACGGUGUUUUGGCGCUGGUUGAUGAGAACCUGCCAAUUAUUAUGAUUCUCACUCGUGAUGAUAUCUUCGCCAAGUCUUUGAACGCUUAUCAACAAGUUAUCGCCCGCAACGGCAAGCCAAUCGUAAUCUGCAACCCAGGCGACGAAGAAUUUAAAGCCGGACAAGCCGAAAAGAUCGAGAUCCCCAAGACAGUCGACUGCCUCCAAGGCCUCCUAAACGUCAUUCCCCUGCAACUCAUGGCGUACUGGCUCGCUGUCGCCGAGGGCCUGAACGUAGAUUUCCCGCGCAACUUGGCUAAGUCCGUUACCGUAGAAUAA